AUGAGCACUGCCUUGCAGGUUCAUUUUGCUAACCCUAACCCUAAUCCACCAAAACUGUCCUUCCCCAAUACCUCUGAUCAUCAAAUUUCACCCAUUAAUAUUCUUCCCUUCGCAGUACAACCUCCCCAUGCCUCUUCUUUCCCUUCGCAGUAUGACCUUGCACCUCAUCUCACACCUCACCUAUCGCAUCUCUGCAUGCACACUUACACAUCUAGACCAAUUGAGUUUGCUUUUGAUGAUGGCAAAGGAGAUGCCUUGGGAGGCUAA